CCAUUUUCACAAAAGAUGGCACUCCGGCUGUGUUGUUGUUGUGCCGUUCAUAUGGUCGCAAUUUUCGAUUAAAAAAAGUUACUUUUAGGCGCUACAAUCCAAAUUUUUUAUCAUAAAAGCAUACCUAGAUCAACUCUGCGACCUUUUCACCCCUGAAUAUUGUGAACUCCGUCAACGUCGGAUUGACCGGCACGAAUUUUUUUUGUGGACAAUGGCAGACGCCAUUAAACCUGCGCCGACACCAACCCGGUUUGUGGUGCAAUGGGAAGAACACCCUGCCCACCUGGCAUCCCGGCUGGGACACUUACUCGAGUCGCAGACCCUGGUGGACAUCACACUCAUGUGCAACACCCACACUCUGCGAGUUCACCGCUGUGUGUUAGCCGCCUGUAGUCCCUAUUUUGAGAACUUACUCCAGAACAUUGCACAACGACAAUUGUCCCAGCACCCCUUAAUUGUGCUUAAAGACAUGCAGUUCUCCGUACUAAAGAGCAUGAUUGAGUUCAUGUAUUGUGGGGAAACUAAUGUCACAGAUGAAGAUCUUGGGCCUCUGCUGCAAGCGGCGCGCUUCUUCCAAGUCAAGGGCCUUUCGUCAAUGAGCAAAGAGGCGCUCGGCAUUACGAGUAAACCAACAAGACCAAAAGUUAAUGGCGAUGUUCAAAAAGAACCAGCAAAAGCAGCAACUCAAACUGUCAAAUCUGCUGCCUCCAAAGUAACAUCUCAGCUGGCCACUCCUACCAAACAGACCAUCCAGGCUGACGAGUUCCGUGAGAGUCCUGGUCUGAAGGCGGCUGACCUGCUGCUAUCCCUGAACAAGCCUGUCGUCGCUGCUGAGCAAAAGCCGAUGGGUGCUGCUAAAGAUUCAACGCUGCAGUUGGUACCUAAUCAGGUUGGAACCUCCAGUCCACUUUAUCAGGCUGGACCAAAGAAACGGGGCAGACCUAUCAAACAGGACAUGGGUUUGAUGUACCAAGAAAAAAUUGUUGCCGACACUGACGUUGCUCUCCGCAAAGAGGCAGAGGCCAGCAAGCGCGCCGUCGAGUCUCUGCAGAAGCAAAUGAACGAAGACGCUGAGAAGAAAGCCGCCUCUCCUCAGAAGUCCGGUGGACUGGUAAUGAAGUCCACCCUGGUGAGGAUUCCCCCAAACCAAGCCUCCGCCGUGAAGAAGGGAGCAGCGGCUGCUGCUGCUGCCACAGCCGCCCAGGCAGCUCAAGAGAAGGUGGUGGCGCCGACACCCCCAAAGGAGACGAAGAUCGAGAAGGCGGAUGAUGGUGACCAGAUCACUUUGCAGCUGAACGAAGGAGAAGCAGGCACUGCCAUGAGUAACUAUGAGGAGGUGCUGAAAGCUGCCGGUCUGCCCGCAGACAUGCCUAUUCUUAUGGACAGUGGGGAUGGCAACUAUGUCCCUAUCAGCGAGGAGGUUCUCAUGAACAUGGUCAACAGUGGCGUCAUUCAAGUCCAAGAGGAAAGCACAGAUGGUGGCGAGGUGCAAAAGGAGACGGUUGAAGAGGGCGGCACCCAGAUGAUCAUGACUGAGGGCGAAAUGGGUCAGCAAAUAGUACAAUACAUUGACGACAACGGCGACCUGGUGGAGGGUGUGCUGGCGGUGGUGCAGGAGGGCGAGGAGGGCACCACCGUGGCAGUCACCCCAUCCGGCGAGGUGCUGCAGCUGCAGGCGGGUGAGGACGGCGAGAGCUUCCAACUGGUGGAGCAGCAGACAGAGUCGCACCCCUCGGAAGGGGAGCUCAUCACCCCAGAGCUGAACGAGGACGACAGCGGCAUCCCUAGCAAGAAGAUGAAGCUGGAUGGGUGAACUGCAGUGGCAAGUUAGAUUUUAUCGAUUCUUUGCGCCCGGUCCGACUGGUAUGAACGAAAAAAAAAACAAUCAGGGCGCUUUGGGAAUUCCGUGUUUUUGUUUUUUCUCUUAUCUUUUUGAUCAGAUUAGGGUAUGUAUUUUUGAGCUUUUGAUUUCGCAUCUUUAAUUUAUAAAAAAUGGAGUUUCCAAAGCUCCUCUGAGUCCGAUGCAAAGCCUGAUUGGAAUCUCGCAUGUGCUGCCGAGAAAACAGAAGGCUGAUUUAUCGAACUUUUUGAAGGACCGCGCGCGAUUUGUAAAAAGUCUUUGAGAACAGUAGAAGAUGAUUUAAAAUUCAAAGCUGCAAAUUUAACAAAAACUACGAUAUAAAUAAAUAACAAAUUCGAAUUAGACUUGUACGGAUGGCUUCACAUUUCCUACCAUUACGCUGCUCUUCUUCAAAGAUAGCCGGUGUAAUUUUUUAUUUCUGGGUGAAUGAUUGCAACUUUGUGUGUGUUUUCCAGCAUAGGUCCAUACAUAAUAUAUUCUAUUGCAACGGCUGAGAAGGGCCUUUGUAUUUUUAAAACGAUCGCUAAGUAGGUUUAGUUUUCACCAAGAGUGUCACACACCACAAACACACACAGUUUGAUAAAAAUCUUACAAAAAAAAUCGUACCUUCUCGGUGGGAAUGGUCGCUUUGUAAUGUACAUACUACCUACCUUUUGAUUUCUGAGUGUUUGAUUCUCCUACGGUAAAUAUAGAGAAUAAUGAAAAAAUAUCUAGCGGCACGAUGUUCAAACGAGACGAUUCUUUGGCAUUGCAGCAUGAACGGAAGAAACUUGUACAAUUCUAGCGUGAUUGGGUUAAAACGUCGCCUUCAUGUGUAAAUGCAUAUCCCCGUGUCCCUCAUGAAACCCCCUCAACAUUAUUCCAUUAUUUGGAAGUUUUACAGAAAUUCAUCCCAAUUCAAGCCUCGAUGGGAAAUUUUUGGUAUCAGCAAAAGAAAUGAUUGGUUAUUUUGUACGUCGGUGUCCAACGGCGGAACUCGUCAAUUUCGUUUUUGUUGAACGAAACAACCGUUUUCACGUCCAUUUCUUUUUUUUUACGUAAAUUCUCAACAAAAUUUUCACAAUAAUUAUGUAUCAGCUGUAAACCAUAAUUUGUGUUAAAUAAAAAUGUACCAAAAUAGAAAAAGAU